AUGGUUAAAGGAAUACAAAGUAUUUCAAAUAAAAUCCUGGUAGAUGGAUUAAAUGAACAAAUUACUAAGGAAAAAGGUGUUACAGAGAAUGCACUAAGAUCACCACAUGUUAUUAUGGGAAGAGAGGUUAAUUGCAGAUUAUAUUGUGAUAAAUUGGAAGACCUUGCAGGUGAGAAUUCUCAAGGUACGAUGUUCAGAACAGAAAAGAUAUUUGUUGGAAAUCUUCCAACAACUUGUUCACAAGAUAUUUUAAGAAAAUAUUUUGAGCAAUUUGGCCAAAUUAGUGAUUGUGUAAUGAUGUGUGACAAAAAAAGUGGUAUUGGAAGAGGAUUUGGAUUUGUUACUUUCACAAGCACCAGUGUUGUAGAUGAAAUAAUUAGAGCUUAUGAUGAGCACUAUAUAGAUGGACAAUGGGUUGAAGUUAAAAGAGCGAGUCCGGAAAAUGCUUUAAGAGGUGGUAACAUGUCUUGUAAUGGUAUAAGUUCUCUUAAUGCUACAAAUUUAUCUACAAGAGAAAAAAACAAUACGAGCCUUUUGAUCAAAAGUUUUAAUUCAAAUUUAUAA